AUGGCCUCCUCCGACAUCUCCUCGAUCCCAACACCAGCCCACUGCACCGCAGACUUCUGCCUAAUCCCGAUCGGCACCUCCUCCCCGUCCGUCUCCGCCCAAAUCGCCGACGUCCAACGCCUGGUCGAGAAAUCCGGCCUCAAGUACGUGAUGCACAGCGCCGGCACAACCCUCGAGGGGCCCUGGGACAGAGUUCAUCAGGUUAUUGGACAGGCGCAUACCAUUCUGCAUCAGCAGGGGAUUGUGCGCAUUCAGACGGAUGUGAGGGUUGGGUCGAGAAUCGAUAAGGAGCAGUCGUUCGAGGAUAAAGUGAAUAAGGUCCGGGAGCUGUUGGGGAAGGAGUAAGUGGUUUUGUGAUCCUUUUUUCUUUCUCCGGUGUUUUA